AUGGGUCGACCGAAACGCAAAUUGCUAGCGACGGCAGCGGAGACAUCCUCUCCACCAGCGGUCUUGGACCAGGGUCAUAUGAUCGCUUUGGUCAAGAAGGCAGAGGGCAACAACUUGUACUCAGUGGAGCUGCCUUCGGGGAAAGAGCCACUGUUGGCCGAGCUACCGUCUCGCUUCCGUUCACAGAUAUGGAUCAAACGUGGCGGGUAUGUCGUGGUCGACAGCUCCGCAUUUGAUGACAGAGAGAACAAGCUUGGUGGAGAGAUUGUCAACGUGGUGAGAGACGAGAAGCAAUGGCGGAAGCAGGCAUAUUGGCCUCCAGAAUUUGUCAAGAAACCCACCUAUCUCGACGACAGCGAGGAGGAUGAAUCGACCGCAGGCAAAAUGCCACCAGCUGAGGAGUCGGAUUGCGGAGAAUGA